AGGACCUCAAUUUUAAAGGGAAAACGGUCGCUGUUGUGAUGUUUUGAGUCAACGUUUGUUACAAACUGAAGUUCUAAUACAUUUGACUAUCAAACUUUGGAAUUACUUCAGAUGAUGGCCAAGAAAGGUAUGCAUAGUUUGUUUAAUUUAGCUUGCUAGGUUUGUGCGCGAGAAGUGAAGUCUGCGUAGGUAGCUAGCUAACUAGCAACUUUAGCUUAACGUUACUUUGUCAACUUGUUUGCCAACUAACGUUAGGUAGACUAUUCGAAACGUUGGAUAUGUUAGCUACUAUUGUAGCUCUGGUGAUUUAAUCGACUUUAUUCCUACUUAGUUAUGCCAUGUAGCUAGCUAUUACUCAGUAGCAAUCGCUAGCUAACGUUAGUAGAAUUAGCGCUAGGUAGCUACGUUACCUAGUUAAGUUAGUCUGUUUUCUGCAUUCGUUAUGAUGAAAGCUAAUGAUGAUGUUUUCAAUUCCAUCUUCCUCAGUCUUGCAUUGACCAGCUGGCUCCUUUUGUCAAUGUGAAGCACCACAUCUUAUGAUGUCAAAACUUUCUCUGAGAGGAAAAGUAGCCUCAAAUAAAGUGAGUUCAUGGUGUGUGAGUGUGGAAGGCAGGUCUGUGAGCGAUUUCAAAGUAGAUCGCUAGCACGUAAGGAUGCAAUGUCACUUCACUAACACCUCUCUCCCCCCAGCUGAAUCGUUGGGUGGAGCCAUCAUUCGGUGAAUUCUUCGGCAAUGCCAACCUCUCCCUCUCCUCAGGCAGUGGAGGCGCAGCCCUCUCUGGAGGUACCAGGGUUGACAAGGUCCAGCCAUCCAGCACCGACCCCAACAGCAGUAAACGCCUCUGUAAGAGGAGGGCAGACCCCAACGCCUCCCAGCUCCAGACCUCUACCGCCACAGAGCCUGCACAGGGGGACCGGGAUGAGCCCUGGGUGGACACACACAAACCCCACUCUCAGGUAACCAUCCUGGGGGAAGGAUCUAGACCACCAGACCCCCACUGGAGUGAAGUUGUGAAUUUCAUCACACACUUAUCUCUGUUUGGCCUUGUGUAGGCUGAACUGGCCGUCCACAAAAAGAAGAUUGAAGAGGUGGAGGAUUGGAUGAGAGUACAUGUGGACCCCAAGACUGCAAAGGUUUGUCUCUGAUGUUUUUAUAACUCAGUUUAGGCUCUGUUGUUUUUAUUGCUAAAAAGAUGGCUAUACAUCACUGUUAUGGCACUAUGUAUUCAUCACAGUUUUAGAGACACUUUUAUCACUUCAAAUUCAGAAUAUUUGUGUUUUCAAUUGAGAAUAAUACACAAAAUCAAAGCUGAAACAUGACCAACUGUUCAUUUACACCAACACAACAGAUUUAUGUUCUAUUUUCAAUGUUUGUAAUGUUUAUCUGUAGAAAUGCUUUGUAAAUCAAACAUAGCCAAGGGCAGAAGGGGUUCCGAGGGUGCCCAUGAAAAAUCGGAAUAAAUAUGACAUAUAUAUAUAUUUUUUGUGUGUGAACAUUUAAUUUUUUCCACAAAAGUAGUGCACUGGGCCUUUACUAGUCCUGUAUUAGUGGACCUAUAUAGACGUCUGUAGCGCGGGCAUAUUUUAUUGCACCUCACCCCCAAACAUCUUCCCAUGGCUAUGAAAUCUAAUCUGACCACAAGUUUUCUGAAAUGUUACUGUGCCCACGUGUCCACAGGGUGGCGCUGUCCUGCUGCUGACUGGUCCGUCAGGUUGUGGGAAGUCAGCUACAGUGCAGGUUCUGGCCCAGGAACUGGGCUACAGGGUGCAGGAGUGGAGCAACCCCUCCAGCCUCUCAGAUUACCGACCCAGCACAGACCACUCAGACCCUGACACCUACAGACAGACCUUUGACCCAGGUGAGAAAAACUUUCUCAACGUUGCAGAUAGUAAUGGAUUGUGUAGAGCUGACAUGAUUCCUUAUUCUACAUGACAAACUAUCCUAUCUGUUUAGUACAUUUCUAUAUGCUCGUUGUGAUGUUGUACCCUCCUGAACAGGCCCCAGGUCUGUCUGGACCAAACAGGCUAUGGGCCUCUAUUUUGGGUUUUCCCAUUUUUGUUUUUGUAGACGGAAUAAACGUAAUUGGACAAAUAACAAUUGGACUGCCAGUGCACGUCCAAGAAAUAAUCACAUGAUAAAAAAACUUUGAUAACGUUUUCUUCCACCACCAGACUCGAGGUUCAAUGGUUUCUAUGGCAGCUCUCAGACAGGCCUGUUCCAGGAGUUCCUUCUCAGGGCCAACAAGUACAACCGCCUGCAGAUGAGCGGAGAGGGAGGGGCCUCGGACUCAGACAGGAAGCUAAUUCUGGUGGAGGUACAGUACUCUACCUACUUAGUACUUACAGACAGGAUCGUUGCCGUGAUAACUCGGCACGUAAAUGUCUACAGCAGUAAGAAAAGCUUUACUCUCUCUCUCAGGACUUUCCUAACCAGUUCUACAGGCAGCCCGGGUCCCUGCAUGAUAUUCUAAGGUGAGCUCAUCGUGUUUUGAGCGACUGACUGUGACUGCAGAAGAUAUUAAUAUUAAUUUGUGGGUGUAUUCACACGUGUGUACGUACAUGUUCGUCCUCUGUCAGGCGGUUUGUGAGGACGUGCCGGCGUCCCCUGCUGUUCAUCGUGUCUGACAGUCUGAGUGGAGACAGCAGCUCCAGACUACUGUUCCCUAAACAAGUACAGGAAGAGCUGGGGGUCUGCAACAUCAGGUGCUGUACAGUAAACACUGUACACUAACCCUACACACACUGCCCACUGUUCCCCAAACAUGUACAGGGGGAACUGAACAUUUGCAACAUCGGGUAGGUUCUUUACAGGUUAUCUUUCUCUAACCCAGUGUCUCUCUUCUUCUGUUUCCAGUUUUAACCCUGUGGCUCCUACCAGUAUGAUGAAGGUUCUGAGCCGGAUUGUGUCCGUAGAGGCAGGAAAAGUAAAACAAAACAUCUUUGUGUGCAUGUGCUUUUCUUUUCUUGAUGUCAAUGUGUAUGUGUUGUUUGAAUGUGUGUGUGUGUGUGUGUGUGUGUGUGUUUUAAUAGUAUAUAUUAAUUAAUGUGUGUGUGUGUGUGUGUCCACAGAGUGGAGGAAAGAUGUGUGUUCCUGACAAGGCUGCUUUGGAGCUGCUGUGUUCAGGAUCCUCUGGGGACAUCCGUAGUGCCAUCAACAGCCUGCAGUUCUCCUGUCUCACAGGUGAGGGCGCCACACACCCAUAAACGCCACACAACAGUUCAAAUCAAACAGUUCAGUGGUCAGUCACCUGCUGUUCCUAAUCCUGGUGUCCACUGGAAUAAAAUCAAUGGCUUCCAAACUGUUUUGCAUUGUGACACACCUAGAGCUUUUGGGUUUUGGUUUCCUACACACAGAUUAAACCGAGUCCUGGACUAAGAAGCAUAUUCAAUGGAAAUUAUACAUUUUAAAGAGUUUUUCUAGACUAGGACUAGGCUUAAUCUGUGUCAUAGAAAGUGGCCUCUUUAGCCAGGACCCAGACUGAAGUGUUGACUGAAAGGUAAUAGACUAGUAUCCUGAUGAUAAACUACUGAAGUGGUUAAUAUAUUAUGGUCGGUGAACCACCCGUAAAGCUGCUCUCAACGGUUAUAAUGUUCCAGACCAGUCUAUGAAGAAGGGGUUCUGGGCUGUGAAAAAGGUCAAGGCGGCGGCGACCUCGUCGCGGAGAGCCGUUAUCAAGGCAACGCGUGGGAAGAGGAAGGCCAAAGACUCAGAGGGGCGGGACGAGGAGCAGGCGAUAGGGGGGAAAGACGCCUCCCUCUUUCUCUUCAGAGCACUCGGCAAGAUCCUCUACUGCAAGAGUGAGUGACAGCAGGGGGAAAUGGGCAGUACAUGGUGUCCAGUGUGAAUGGAAUAGAGAUAUGGAGAGGAAGCCUCUUCAUAGCAUUUAGAUUGACCUGGGCUGUGUUCAGCAGGGAACAACAUUGCAGAACGUUCAGAUAGAAAUGUAUUAUAGAGAACAAAUGUGCGUCUCUGACAUGUAGAAUAAGGAAUCAGGACAGCUCUCUUCGUCACAAUUUAUAUCAGUAAUGUUCCACAAUGUUGCGUUGCUGGGAGGAGGGGGCUCUGUUGAAAUGGAUGGAUUAUGAUUGGCUGGUGUGUUUAUGAUUGACAGGGGAGAGCCCUGAGGGCUCAGAAGGUUCCCAAGGACCCAGUCUGCCUGCACACCUCUCAGAGCACCACAGAGACAGACUACUGGUGGACCCAGAGGUACAACACACACACACACACAGACGAACACACACACAGACCUAACAUGUAAUCAUAUAACCCCCCUUCCUUUCCUCUCCCUCAUCAGGCUGUAGUAGAACGCUCCCACAUGUCAGGAGACUUCUUCAGCCUGUACCUGCAGCAGAAUUACCUGGAGUUCUUCUCUGACGUGGAGGACGUUGCCCGGGCCGCAGAGUACCUGUCUGACGCUGACUUCCUCACUGCCGAGUGGAGCGUGAGUAACCCUAGCAUUAUGGCCUAAAAAAUCACAGCUAGAUUAUUUUUCAAACAUGGCCGAUUCACUAUAUAUAUAUAUAUAUAUAUAUUAGAUUUUGUUUUACAACGUUUCCUCUAAAUUAGCUUUGCUGUACAAUUUAAAGGUAAAAUAUAUUUAACAUUUAAGUCAUUUAGCAGACACUCUUAUCCAGAGCGACUUACAGUUACACUGCGUUUCAAACAGUCAGCAAUAACCAAUGAAUUCAGGGCUUGUGAAAUUAUACCUAAGCUAAAUAUAACCCUUCCACAACCAUAAGACCCACUAAUAAUGUAAUUAUUUUAUCAAAGUUUAACCUGUUUUUUUGCAAUAAUCACUGAUCUGGCUUUCAAGUCUAUGAAAAUGACCUUUUUGUUUAAAAAAACAAAACAAACCAGAACCAUGCAUAAUGCACAUCCACUAAUAUUGACUAACUUCUUGUAGCAGGCAUUACAGACAAUUAACACAGGUCUUUAUAAACAAUCCCUCAAGCACAAGCCCCCGUUCUAGUGAGUAGGCAGCUAAUCUUUAUAUUUCAAGUUUAGCCAAUUUAGAUCUAUUUGCUAGCUAACAAGGUAGAACAGUUGAAUUGUUAUGAACACACCCUUCUUUCCGUCUCCCAACUGUUUGAUCGGCAUGCUAGCCUGUCCACUUUGUUCAGAUGUUGAAAUCAAGUGGCCUACCUUAUUUCUCAGAAUGAGAACGGGUUGCCAAUUCCUUAAAUAAUUGUGUUUUAUGCUUAUUGCACAAGUGGAGUGUUCACAAACCCAUAAAUGACUGGUUUUAUAGAAUUGAAAAACACCAAUUGUCCAAAUGUACAUGAAAACAUCAGGAGCACAUGUCAGUACAUGGACAUGAGCUAUUAAAUAUUUCAAUCUAACUUUGAAGACUUGGAUUUGGACACUGUCCCAUAGAGGCAAGUUUUCAUAUUAUGCCCCACUGGCACCAUAUCACUAGCAAUGCAUAUACUUAUUGAGUUAAUGUUGCAAAACAUUUCCCAGCUAGCAGACAGUGUCAUGGUAUAUACAAUUGGAAGUCGGAAGUUUACAUACACCUUAGCCAAAUACAUUUAAACUCAGUUUUUCACAAUUCUUGACAAUUAAUCCUAGUAAAAAUUCCCUGUCUUAGGUCAGUUAGGAUCACCACUUUAUUUUAAGAAUGUGAAAUGUCAGAAUAAUAGUAGAGAGAAUGAUUUAUUUCAGCUUUUAUUUCUUUCAUCACAUUCCCAGUGGGUCAGAAGUUUACAUACACUCAAUUAGUAUUUGGUAGCAUUGCCUUUAAAUUGUUUAACUUGGGUCAAACGUUUCAGGUAGCCUUCCCCAAGCUUCCCACAAUAAGUUGGGUGAAUUUUGGUCCAUUCCUCCUGACAGAGCUGGUGUAACUGAGUCAGGUUUGUAGGCCUCCUUGCUCGCACACGCUGUUUCAGUUCUGCCCACAAAUUGUCUAUAGGAUUGAGGUCAGGGCUUUGUGAUGGCCACUCCAAUACCUUGACUUUGUUGUCCUUAAGCCAUUUUUCCACAACUUGGGAAGUAUGCUUGGGGUCAUUGUCCAUUUGGAAUACCCAUUUGCGACCAAGCUUUAACUUCCUGACUGAUGUCUUGAGAUGUUGCUUCAAUAUAUCCACAUAAUUUUCCUUCUUCAUGAUGCCAUCUAUUUUGUGAAGUGCACCAGUCCCUCCUGCAGCAAAGCACCCCCACAGCAUGAUGCUGCCUCCCCCGUGCUUCACGGUUGGGAUGGUGUUCUUCGGCUUGCAAGCAACCCCCUUUUUCCUCCAAACAUAACGAUGGUCAUUAUGGCCAAACAGUUCUAUUUUUGUUUCAUCAGACCAGAGGACAUUUCUCCAAAAAGUACGAUCUUUGUCCCCAUGUGCAGUUGCAAACCGUAGUCUGGCUUUUUUAUGGCGGUUUUGGAGCAGUGGAUUCUUCCUUGCUGAGUGACCUUUCAGGUUAUGUCGAUAUAGGACUCGUUUUACUGUGGAUAUACAGUAGGGAGAACAAGUAUUUGAUACACUGCCGAUUCUGCAGGUUUUCCUACUUACAAAGCAUGUAGAGGUCUGUAAUUUUUAUCAUAGGUACACUUCAACUGUGAGAGACGGAAUCUAAAACAAAAAUCCAGAAAAUCACAUUGUAUGAUUUUUAAGUAAUUAAUUUGCAUUUUAUUGCAUGACAUAAGUAUUUGAUCACCUACCAACCAGUAAGAAUUCCGGCUCUCAUAGACCUGUUAGUUUUUCUUUAAGAAGCCCUCAUGUUCUCCACUCAUUACCUGUAUUAACUGCACCUGUUUGAACUCGUUACCUGUAUAAAAGACACCUGUCCACACACUCAAUCAAACAGACACCAACCUCUCCACAAUGGCCAAGACCAGAGAGCUGUGUAAGGACAUCAGGGAUAAAAUUGUAGACCUGCACAAGGCUGGGAUGGGCUACAGGACAAUAGGCAAGCAGCUUGGUGAGAAGGCAACAACUGUUGGCGCCAUUAUUUGAAAAUGGAAGAAGUUCAAGAUGACGGUCAAUCACCCUCGGUCUGGGGCUCCAUGCAAGAUCUCACCUCGUGGGGCAUCAAUGAUCAUGAGGAAGGUGAGGGAUCAGCCCAGAACUACACGGCAGGACCUGGUCAAUGACCUGAGCUGGGACCACAGUCUCAAAGAAAACCAUUAGUAACACACUAUGCCGUCAUGGAUUAAAAUCCUGCAGCGCACGCAAGGUCCUCCUGCUCAAGCCAGCGCAUGUCCAGGCCCGUCUGAAGUUUGCCAGUGACCAUCUGGAUGAUCCAGAGGAGGAAUGGGAGAAGAUCAUGUGGUCUGAUUAGACCAAAAAGCUAUAUUUUUGUCUCAACUCCACUCGCCGUGUUUGGAGGAAGAAGAAGGAUGAGUACAACCCCAAGAACACCAUCCCAACCGUGAAGCAUGGAGGUGGAAACAUCAUUCUUUGGGGAUGCUUUUCUGCAAAGGGGACAGGACGACUGCACCGUAUUGAGGGGAAGAUGGAUGGGGCCAUGUAUCGCGAGAUCUUGGCCAACAACCUCCUUCCCUCAGUAAGAGCAUUGAAGAUGGGUCGUGGCUGGGUCUUCCAGCAUGACAACGUUCCGAAACACAUAGCCAGGGCAACUAAGGAGUGGCUCCGUAAGAAGCAUCUCAAGGUCCUGGAGUGGCCUAGCCAGUCUCCAGACCUGAACCCAAUAGAAAAUCUUUGGAGGGAGCUGAAAGUCCGUAUUGCCCAGCGACAGCCCCGAAACCUGAAGGAUCUGGAGAAGGUCUGUAUGGAGGAGUGGGCCAAAAUCCCUGCUGCAGUGUGUGCAAACCUGGUCAAGACCUACAGUAAACGUAUGAUCUCUGUAAUUGCAAACAAAGGUUUCUGUACCAAAUAUUAAGUUCUGCUUUUCUGAUGUAUCAAAUACUUAUGUCAUGCAAUAAAAUGCUAAUUAAUUACUUAAAAAUCAUAUAAUGUGAUUUUCUGGAUUUUUGUUUUAGAUUCCGUCUCUCACAGUUGAAGUGUACCUAUGAUAGAAAUUACACACCUCUACAUGCUUUGUAAGUAGGAAAACCUGCAAAAUCGGCAGUGUAUCAAAUACUUGUUCUCCCCACUGUAGAUACUUUUGUACCUGUUUCCUCCAGCAUCUUCACAAGGUCCUUUGCUGUUGUUCUGGGAUUGAUUUGCACUUUUCGCACCAAAGUACGUUCAUCUCUAGGAGACAGAACACGUCUCCUUCCUGAGCGGUAUGACGGCUGCGUGGUCCCAUGGUGUUUAUACUUGCGUACUAUUGUUUGUACAGAUGAACGUGGUACCUUCAGCCGUUUGGAAAUUGCUCCCAAGGAUGAACCAGACAGAAUUUUUUUCCUGAGGUCUUGGCUGAUUUCUUUUGAUUUUCCCAUGAUGUCAAGCAAAGAGGCACUGAGUUUGAAGGUAGGCCUUGAAAUACAUCCACGGGUACACCUCCAAUUGACUCAAAUGAUGUCAAUUAGGCUAUCAGAAGCUUCUAAAGCCAUGAAAUCAUUUUCUGGAAUUUUCCAAGCUAUUUAAGGGCACAGUCAACUUAGUGUAUGUAAACUUCUGACACACUGGAAUUGUUGUACAGUGAAUUAUAAGUGAAAUAAUCUGUCUGUAAACAAUUGUUGGAAAAUUACUUGUGUCAUGCACAAAGUAGAUGUCCUAACCGACUUGCCAAAACUAUAGUUUGUUAACAAGAAAUUUGUGGAGUGGUUGAAAAACAAGUUUUAAUGACUCCAACCUAAGUGUAUGUAAACUUCCGACUUCAACUGUAUCUGUAUGUAGUCUCGUAGCACCAUGGGGGAGUAUGGCUCGUCUGUCGCCACCAGAGGUCUUCUACACUCCAACUCUGGUCACGUGGCUGGCGGCUUCAGACCCCUACACAAACCCAACUGGCUAUUGGUCAACAAGAAGGUAACACAUGCACACACAAGCGCAUAAGUGCACACAAACGCACAUGCGCACACACACGCACACACGCGCGCGCAUGCUUACUCAGUCACUCACACACACACAUAUUCAGGCCCAAGCUCAAACCCAACUGGUCAAGAUAAGGUGAAUGGUCAGAAGAUUAUGAAGGAAACACUUUCACACAUAUUGGGGUUGAUACCAGUAACAGGAGGGGACUUUCUUAAAUCCUAAUGUGUGUGUGUGUGUGUGUGUGUGUGUUAUUUCAGUACCGUGAGAACUGCCAGGCUGCCCAGUCUCUCUUCGUCAGUUUCUGCCUGACGCCUGUCAGUCUCCAGACGGAGCUACUGCCUUACCUCGCCCAGCUCAGCAACCCCUUGAGGAAUCCAGGUUACACACAGACACGCACACGUGACAUGACGUGACCUGCAUUGCCCUGCAACCUUAGAAUUAGAAUUCAAGAUUACACCCACAUACACACACACAAUCAAAGAUUAUACAAAGAAAGCUAAAUACAUUACUAUAACAGAAACAUCCUCAUCUUUGUUGAACCUUUAUUUGAUAUUUUCCACAUGAGCCGUGUAUACACACUUCACAUCUAUACACACUAUUCACAUCUAUAGACACUAUACACAUCAAUAUUCACAUCUAUACACAUCAAUAUUCACAUCAAUACACAUCUAUACACAUCUAUAUUCACAUCAAUACACGAAAAGCUAAACACAAUAAUAGAAAACGAACACAUUCUUCAGUAAAAAGGUCCUCAGUCAGCUGUCUGAAUUGCCCUAGAGCAGGGGUAGGCAACUAGAUUCAGCCACGGGAUGUUUUUUUUUUGUCGGAGCGGAUAGUCAGGGGCCGGAACAUAAUUCUAAUAAUUUGUACGUCGCAAAUUGACCAACUAAGCCCAACAAGAGGUGGUAUUUAAAAAUGUCAUACCUUGAUUACGUUGAGACACGAUAACAUUUAUCUAUUUUUUUAUUUAUUUGUGGGAAUACUUGGGAACGGAUUUCCUGUAUUAAACUAAUUCCUGGUGAUUUGAGUGGCAAAAAAUAUAACUUGCAGGCAUUUUUUUGGGCCCCUGCCCUAGAGGCACCAAUUUCUAACAUUUUAGAGAGCCUUGGAGAUUAUUACAAAAAGUAAGGUGCAAAAAAAAACUUGAGCAGGUUUUGUGAGCGGAGAUCGAUGGGAUCUCCAGAGUUCGCUAUCCCUGAGACCGGGUCUGGUGUCUCGGGACGUCUGUAAGUUCUAAACAGAAUGUCCCUUUAUUCUUGCCUGCCCACACCAGCAGAAAGAAAGCCUCUGUCCACCUUAGGGGGUUAAACACAUGCAAAUGAAGGACAGGGUCCGUUGGAUGACUACGCUUAGCAAUGCAGACUGCAGGUGGUUGAUUUGCAUCUGAAAGCCAUGUCGCUCUUGAACCUGUGUUGCUAAUGCUACUAGUGUCUGAUGACUAGGGGUGUGCUGAGUAGUCCAACAAAACCAGUAUCUUAACAGAUACGGGCAAUUUUCCUGACACGAUUAUGAUCAGAGUAUUUUUAGUAAUAAUCUGUGAUACAUUUUUAUUUUUUAUUUUUUUCAGGUGCCAGCAGGCAUCGUUCAAUCAAGUGCAAGGUGCUACAUGUUCUACAUUUACAUUACAUUUUAGUCAUUUAGCAGACGCUCUUAUCCAGAGCGACUUACAGUUAGUGAAUACAUUUUUUUUUUAAUACUGGCCCCCCGUGGGAAUCGAACCCACAACCAACUAUCAACUGAGCUACAUCCCUGCCGGCCAUUCCCUACCCUGGACGACGCUGGGCCAAUUGUGCGCCGCCCAUGAGUCUCCCGGUCGCGGCCGGCGGCGACAGAGCCUGGAUUCGAACCAGGAUCUCUAGUGGCACAGUUAGCACUGCGAUGCAGUGCCUUAGACCACUGCGCCACUCAGGAGUACUCAGGAGUACUUCUAAAUAGCUCAAAUGGCUAGUUUGCCUGUCUGUAAAGAGAAGGGCGGGCUGUACGUUGAUCCUGCGUCUCUGAUUGGAUGGAGCAAAGCUGUGUUUCUCUGUCCCUCCCCAGGGCCUAAAAUUAACAGCCACUGUGGCAGGUAGAUUAAAAAACAAAAACAGCCAAAAUAUUAUUUUUGGGGGGGGGGGAAAUUACACCAACAAAACACAGAUGAGCAUGCUUUGUAAUGUUUCUAAAACAAUGCAUGUUUUACUACACUGAACAAAAAUAUAAACGCAACAAGCAACAAUUUAAAAUAUUUUGCUGAGUUACAGUUCAUAUAAGGAAAUCGAUCAAUUGAAAUAAAUUCAUUAGGUCGUAAUCUAUGGAUGACCGGGAAUACAGAUAUGCAUCUGUUGGUCACAGAUACCUUUAAAAAAAGGUAGGGCCGUGGAUCAGAAAACCAGUCAGUAUCUGGUGUGACCACGAUUUGCCUCGUGCAGCGCGACACAUCUCCUUCACAUAGAGUUGAUUAGGCUGUUGAUUGUGGCCUGUGGAAUGUUUUCCCACUCCUCUUCAAUGGCUGUGUGAAGUUGCAAUGGCUGUCCCAAACAUGCUCAAUGGGUGACAUGUCUGGUGAGUAUGCAGGCCAUGGAAGAACUUGGAAAUGUUCAGCUUCCAGGAAUUGUGUACAGAUCCUUGCGACAUGGGGCCGUGCAUUAUAAUGCUGAAACAUGAGGUGAUGGUGGCAGAUGAAUGGCAUGACAGUGGGCCUCAGGAUCUCAUCACGGUGUCCCUGUGCAUUCAAAUCGAUAAAAUGCAAUUGUGCUCGUUGUCCUGCCCAUACCAUAACCCCACCGCCACCAUAGGGCACUCUGUUCACAACGUUGACAUCAACAAACCGCUCACCCACACAACGCCAUCUGCCCGGUACAGUUGAAACUGGGAUUCAUCCAUGAUGAAGAGCACAGUUCUCCAGCGUGCCAGUGGCCAUUGAAGGUGAGCAUUUGCUCACUGAAGUCUGUUACGACGCCAAACUGCAGUCAGGUCAAGACCCAGGUGAGUACGACGAGCGCGCAGAUGAGCUUCCCAGAGACGGCAAAGGAGAAAUGCUCACUAACAGGGAUGUAAACAAAUUUGUGCACAACAUUUGAGAGAAAUACGCUUUUUGUGUGUAUGGAACAUUUCUGAGAUCUUUUAUAUUUUUGUUCAGUAUAGUUAGAAGUAAUGUGGUAUAUUGGUUAACUUCAUUAAAUUUUUUGUGACCUGAGUCUUAACCAAAAUAUCACAGAUAAGACAACAAUUUCCCCCCUUUAAGGGCGGGAGGUUACCUUGGUAACGCAACUCAGUCGUGUUUGUGUCUGUGAGAUUGAGAGUCUGACUAGUACCAGCGUUGUCUUCUCUUCCCUAGCAGUUGAAACUCAAGCAGUGAAAAACAACCUAGCUUGGUAACAAAACAAGGUAAAUAGCCAUAGAAACACAAGGACAAAGUCUCACCUCAGUAGACUUUAGUUUCAAGUGAAUUAGACCAAUUUUUACGCCUGGACGCAGCGCUUCUAAAAAUGAAUAUUUCACUCCGCUCUUCAGGUGCGCACAGCCCCCAGCCAGACAGUGUUAGCAGCUAUGAAACAAAACAGCUACCGCAGCAUUUAUUUUACUAGAAAUGUGAUCAUACUUGACUAUUUUUAGUCCCAAAUGCUAGUGAAAUGCUCACACUGUGGAGCCCUGACCACCCACCAACCAAUGUGGCUGGUGGAAUAGACAUUUUACCCGCCAACGUGAAAUAGACAUUUUACCCGCUAACGUGGCUGGUGAUAGACAUCUCACCCGCCAACGCCAAAAUCAACCCACAUUUGGCAGGUGGCGGGUGUUCAUUUUAGGCCCUGGUCCACUCAUAAUUUCACCGGAUCACUUCUCCUCGCAUGUUUCGGUCUGAUCAUUUAGAUCGCUGCUGCCUCCAGUUAGCCGGAUACAAUUGUCAAAGUCGCGUCAAUUCAAAUCUGGUAUUAGGAACAAAAGAGGUCAACACGACUUCUAAGGUAUACUAGUUAUUUUAAUUAAUGCAAAAACCUUCAAUGGUAAAUAUGAUGUUUCGUAUAUACGGGCUCUCUGAGAUGUCUCGCAGAACACCCCAGACAACUAACACAUUGUUCCAGAAACAAUACCCAAAUACUCUGACAGAGGGAGUUUCCCACUUCUCUGCUGGCCAAUUAGAGUAAAGACUUGAGCGUGGUUUAAACUUUCUCAGCCAAUCCGUUGAUUCAGGGGUUGCUCUCAUCUCCUCGGCGCCAUUUGUUACACACUUCAGCCAGGCACAAGAUUAUCAUAACAACCUAUCAUAGUGAGAAGAGCCAGCUCCCUUAGACAUCAUUCCUAGUCAAAGGAAGGCUCACAGAUCACAAAUAACUAUUAUAGUCUAGAAUUUGAAGACACAAUCCUUAUCUUAUUUUAACCCCUAAAACAGCUCUUCACAUCAAUCACAGCCUUGCCAGGUGUCACAGCCUACAUUAGCCCAGUCAAGACUGCAUUCUUUCUAAGUUAGUCAUCCCAUCAAUUUAGGAGAAUAAUAAAUCCCCAAUACUAUGAUAACUCAAAUUGUGAGGAUGUUUUGAUAGCAUAGCAGGGCGAGUGUAGGGCCAAAAUAUGAACUGCCGCUGCACAUUCUGACUGAGUGACAGCAAACUGCCGCUGCACAUUCUGACUGAGUGACAGCAAACUGCCGCUGCAAAUUGUGACACACAGACAUGCACCCCUCCACGCUGCUCCUAAUCUGCAGCUUUUCUGGUCUAUAAACUUGCAGGGUGAUGGGUAUUUUGACAAUAAUCUAUUUAGGCAUAUUAAAACACUUCAGUUUUUUACGAUUACGAGUUUUUAAAAAAAACCUCUCUGUCUCUCCCAUACAGCUCAGAUAGCCUUCAUUCAGGACGUGGGUUGUCUUUCCUGCAGAAAGUUCCCUGGCAGGUACAUCACCUAUAAGCAAUCUCUUACUAUAUUUGCAGUAUAGUGGGAAGUUGUCUUCCGUAUUUUCUAAAAGCCACUGAACUCUUAAUUUGUGUUCCUCUCUGCAUCCUGUCCAGGUUGAAACUGGAGACUCUGACAGACAAAGACCCAGGACUGCUGGAGUUGGACAGUGAGGAAGAGGAGGAGGGGAGGCUUGUGUCUUCAUCCAUCGACCCAACCUCAGGCACCCUCUCUGGGGAGACAGGAGACCAGGGGGAUCCCUCCCUGGAGCCUCCCGUACCAGGCAGCCAGGGCCCAGGGGCUGGGGGACCAGGUGGAGACCUCCCUGCCUCCCAGCCUCAGCCCACUACCACCUCAGCCCUUCUGAAGGAAGAGGACCUAGUCAUAGAGGAAUACGACAGUGAUUUCUGAUCGACAGAGCUGACACUAAUCACAGUACAGAGACUUCUGAUACAUUCACCCUCCCGCCUUUGUGAUUGACAGAGCCGACGUUCCAAUCACAGACUUCUGACAUGGUCCCGCCCUCCUGCCUUACCUUAUAAACUGUGAUCAGUUACAGGACAGAACAGAAUACGUUUGCUUUCGUUGGUAUUAUAUGUCUGACUGUCACUGUAGCUGUUAUUGUUUCUUAUGGUAAUGACUGUAGUUGUCAUAUCAAGGAAUUUCUGGUAUUAUUCAUUAGUGUUUUGCCUCAGUGAGUACGGGCAAAUUCCAUCCCAAGUCCUGUCCGAUUCCAUAUCUGAACAAGUGACUUAAAUUGAAAUGGAAUUGGACCUGACACACUGAUUUAUUUGAUACAUUUAUUAACAAAACACAUAUGACAGAUGUUGUGGCUAGCUUUAUUGCAGACUUUAUGUGUUUGUUACGGUUUUUGAAAUAUUGACUAUAUUUAUUUGUUUGUUUUAGAGCACUUAUCUUUGAAUUUAUUUUGUUUGGCUUUAGAACUGUUGAGAACUUGGAGAUGUGUACAGUGGUAGGCUUAAUAUGCCUGCCUGGCUUUUCAAUAAGAUUGUCCUCAUCCUUGUCUUUUGUAAAUGACCAUGCCAAAAGAGCUUGGCAGUGAAAGGUUAACGUUCACCUCUUUCUAGCUUCCACUGAAUCUUGAAGAAAAGAUUACUAAAAGUUGUGGCCUCCCAUCUUAUUUCAACAGAAGUGUAAAACAGAAAGUG